ACUUUGGUCCAGAAUGGUAAAAAACACAUAAUUGGAACACAGAUGGUCCAACGGCGAUUUCCGAUUGCAUCAUUUAUGAAAGGAAGCUCCGGCAGAUGUCGGACUACAGCAGUUCUCACCUCAUGCACUCUCUGAGGAUUCCAGCGUGUCCUCCGAUGUUGAAAGCCUCCCAGUUCACGCAGACGUUUCAAAUCCUGAAAGCUUCCCUGUCUCUGAAAGCAUGAGCAAUGUUGAUGUGACAGGCUCUCCCUCGGCUGUGUCCUCUUCCUCCUCGUCAGUCGCGGCGGUCCGGGAUGAGGCGGCUCCGGGCACACCGCAGAAGGGUAUGGCCGUCUCUAGAACUGGGUCAACCAGUGGACUCGUGACCACACCGCCUCGGACUUUGCUCAGCAGAUUUCCGCUCCGAGUGGGCAUCACGUGGAAGAAGGGAGAAAAACUGGAAGCCAUGGAUUAUUCUAGAACUUGGUACCCCUCCAAGAUUGUCGACCUGGACGAGAAGGAUCAGCUGGUCCUGAUUCACUUCGAGGGCUGGAACCACCGCUACGACGAGUGGCUCCCGAUGGGCAGCGACAAGCUGCGGCCGGUCACCCGCCACUCCGAGCGCAAAGACAGGGGCAUUAAGAAGCGCCGCGCCUACCCUCAUCCUGUGAGUGAUCCCCCUGCCAUCUACAGAGCGGGUGAGCGUGUGCUGGCCAAGUGGACAGACUGUAAGAAGUAUCCGGCCAAGGUCAACAGAUUGAUGGAUGAUGGCUCGUAUGAGGUGAUCUUCUACGAUGGCAUCUCUCGUCUGAUCCAGCCAAUCAACAUCCAGCCGCUGCCCGAAGGGAUGGGGGAGACUGCAGCGCCACAGAGAAGUCCACAAAAAGUCGCAGCCCCAGCCGCAGCUCAGCCCAAAGUGUCAAGUGGCUUCAAAAACAUCGCUCUAAAGUUGCCAGAGAGUGUGACCCAAAAGCUGAGCCGGCCCAGCGUGUUGACCAAGAAAAAGUUCCCACCCACCAAAGGUUUCCCCCAGCCACGCUUCAGCCCGGUCAAGUCGGAAGUGGCCGGCCAGGAACCCAGUACCGGUCAACUCGCCAGCGAGGUUGCGCCGUCCGUCUCUGAGGAGGAGAGUUCGUCGCAAGCCAGAGGGAAAAGAGCAUCCUCCCAAGGCGAGGAGGUACACAGCUGGGCUGUUCGUUAUGUCCCCAUUUGUUUUGUCUUUCAUUCCAUGAUAUCGUCGGUCAGCUGUUCAAAUAUGUUACGACCAAAAUGUUGAAAAAAAAAUUUCUUUCAUUGCAGUUUCUCAGUCUUUGGUAUUGGUUGCAUGCACUUGAAAUGUUUUGUCAAAAUUAACAUUCAGAAUGUUGAAAAAACUAACCCCAAGAAAAUCUACCUAACGCA